UGCGGAGCUGCAACGUCGUAAAACCGACGACGGAUCCCGGCUGGUCAAGAAACUUCGCCUCCAUCAUUGCGUGUGCAAUGCAAGAAAAAUCAGCGUUCCAUUCAAAACCGCGUUCUGCUGCGUCAGCCUCGUCUCUAGUCGCCACCUGUCUCUCUCAACGAAGCCGCCUUUCUCUAUCUCUCUCUCCAUAUAUAAACACACAAAAAGCAUCCUCUCCAAGACCUCUCAUUUCUGCCUUAUCUCUUCAUCCUUUUUUCCUCAAAAACCCCCCACCAAAAUCCAGAUUUCCAUUAUUCGCCAUCAACAGCCACCUAGAACUUCGACUCCAUCCAUGGAUCUUCCAAGGCCGGAGGUUGAAGGAGAAGGAGGAGAAGAAGAUGGGGAGGACCAGCUCGGUCGCCUACCGGACGACCUGCUCCUCCACAUCCUGGACCGAGUCCACGACGCCAGGUCCCUCGCCCGCUGCCUCGCCGUCUCCAAGCGCCUCUCCUCCCUCGUCCCCCUCACCCCCACCGUCUCCCUCUCCUUCCCCCGCCCCCGCCUCCUCCCCGCCUCCUCCGAGUCCGAGUCCGAGCCCGGCCGCUGGCGCCGCCGGAGCGGCUUCCUCUCCCGCCUCGUCGACAGAUUCGUCCGCGGCCCCCUCCGCUUCCUCCACCGCGUCGCCUCGGCUAAAUCGGCCUCCCGCUCCGGCGGAGGAGGCGACGACGAUUGCGAUUGCGAUUGCGACUACGAUUCUCGUCCCGCUCCCGGCGAAGUCCUUAAACCCUUCAGAGGAAUCGAGUCGCUGCGCGUGGAGCUCCCCUCCUGCGUCGACGCGGUCGGGCUCAACGGUAAGCGCACGGUCCUCAGGUGGACGGCUCGAUUCGGCGGCGAGAUGAAGAGCUGCGUCGUCCUCGGAGCGAAUUCGCUGCGGAGGAGAGAGGACGGCGCCGCCGCCUCGGGAGAGGAAGGCGCACUAGAAUUGAGACCGAGAGCCGUCGAAGAGGUUGAGCUCGAGCCCGGGCCGGUCAUCGCGGAGGAGGAGCUGAAGUUGCGAGUGGUCUGGAUCAUUUCUUGCUUGAUCGCUGCUUCGGCGAGGCAUUAUCUGCUGAGACAGAUCGUGGCGGAUCAUCCGAUGCUGAAGAGCGUGGCGAUCGUUGACUCGGACAAGCAGGGGAAGGUCCGGAUGCUAGAGGAAGAGAUCGCCGAGAUGAGGAGAUCCUUCGACUCGGAGGCGGCCGAUUCAUCGUCGGCGGAGAGGAUCCGAGUUCCGGACUUGAGGAUGAAGCUGUGGUACGCGCCGGAGCUGGAGCUGCCGGAGUCAGGGUACGUGAUGAGAGGGGCGACGAUGGUGCUGAUCGCGCCGGCGAGUGAGGCCGAGGGGGAGGAGCAUGGGAAGGCGAAGGAAGGAGGAGGCGGCGGCGGCGACUUGGGGGACGUGAUGAGGAGCGCGAGCUUCGAGGGAGGCGGCGGAGAGGAUGAGGCGGCGUUCCGUGAGGCGGCGACGGAGAUGGGGAAGCUGAAGAGGACGUAUACGCUGGAGAUGAAUUCCUUCUGACAUGAGAUCGGACAUGGCGGCUUCUUUCCUUUUUUUUUUAAUCCCCCGGACUUUGUUUUUGUCUUUUCUUCUUUUCUUUCUUUUCCACUCGUGUAUAUGUUGUGCAUAGCCCGUUGCGGAACUUUUGUAGUUGGAGUAUGGGGAUCGAUUCAUUCAUUCGUUAGCGACGAUACAAAUAAAUGUUGAUGGAAA